CGGGUUAUUCACCUGCACGUAUUCUAGGCGCUGAUUGACAUUCAACGUCAUUUUUCAAGGAAGAAAAUUACGCGUAAGAUCUAAAAUGUCGAAGAAACAAAACAAAGCGCAUCGGGACAAGCACUCUAGAAGCCACCGGAAGCACAAGCGUGAGCCGGAAAAACUGCUGGAAGAAAUCGGCGCCAAAAAACUGAAAAUCGAUAAAAAUGCAUGUGGAGACUGCCCGGGGCCCCAAAUUCCUCCGGAUGCUGCCCAACAAGCGAAACGUUCCAAGGAACAAGCCCCCAGAGGUGAUAAAUCUGAAAAAGCUCCAAACUCAGCCACUGAUAAAGCAGUCAGACAUCACUCGCUGGAAAAACCCGAGCGCAGCUUCCUGGAUAAAACCAGGCUGCUUUUCCGCAAGGAAAAGUCCUUCAACGACGCCCUUCAAAAAGCCAGCGAUUUAAAGCAUGAAAAACCCGAGACUAAAAGGCGUCACCACAAGCACCGCAGCCGGAAAGCAAAGGAAACUGUCGAAGACCAGCCCGUGAAGAAACGGGAAAAGUCGCAUAAAUCCAAACCCAAGUCGCAGGAGAAAACCCCCAAGGCCAGCCAGGGCUUUGGCACGAUCCAGGAAGUGAUUUUCUGCCAAAUGAACCAGCCGCCGUACAAAAUGAAGAACGACAAAACCGCGUCGGAGGUGAAAGAUUUGUAUCGUCGCAUCAGAAAUGAGCACAAGCACAAAGAGUCUUCCAACCAGGAAAAACCCACCGAAGCUGCAAAGUUAAUCAACAGUCAAGGGGAUCGUAAAUCAAGGCACCAUCAUGGGGAAAGCUCAAAAAAGCCCCCAAAGCCCUGCGAAACUCCAGCAAGUGAACAGUACAUCACACAGACUCGCUACCCAGACUUCAAUUGCAAAGUCAAGCAUCACAGCAAACGAAGGGAGCAUUCCCACCACAAAAUCAGCUUGGGCCCUUAUGAGAAGUAUUUCGCUUUGGACAGGCCCGAAAAGCAUCAUCAUGAACACCGAGAGAAGAUCCAUAGAAGGCACAGUCCGGAAAAGGUGGAGCUUCGCAACGAAACAACGCAGGCUGAGGAGCAGAAGAUCCACCAAAUAAUCGAAGGCGAUUUGAAGAAUUAUUUCGGGAAGAUCCAGACUUUGAUCGAUAGGAAAUUGGACGCGUUGAUGCAGAUCAACAAGUGCGGCAGAAGAAAAGGCGACAAGGCGCGAAGCAAGUCCAAGCCCAAAGAGCCGCCGGUUGAACCAGCAAAGCCAGUUGAGGAAAAAUUGAACAAAGAAGAGCUUAUUAAUGAAGUCAUUAAGCGCCUGAAGCAGGAGGAGCAAGCUACAUUGAACGCGAACACUUUAUCAGGCAAGGAAACGAUGAGGAAAGACGCCAGCAAAACCUGUGAGGGCCCGGUGAGGCUCCCCUAUACGCACACCUCAAAAAAAGAGAAUCUGUUCCUCCAAGAACAUCCGCGUUUCUUCCGCCACAUGUUCUCAGCCAGUGAGGAGACAGUGAGACCCAAACGCGGCAAAGAAGAACGAAGAAGCUCUUCUCCCGCUCGGUUUCCACUGGUCGCAAAACCGCAACAUUGCUCCUCCCAAAGCCCUGAGCCGUUUCUUCAGGAAAUAUUUCCGCCCCCUGAGAGCUUCCAAUGCCGGCAGAAGCACGAGUUUAUUGUCGAAGGCAUUGAACCGCCCACUUUAGAAUGCCCUAGACGGAAACCAGGCAGAGUUAUUCCAGUCAGGAUCUUGGACUGCAAGACUGUUUCCAUUGUGAACAUCAAACCGAGGGAGGAGACUAGGGGAGUCAUCCAGACGCAGACCAGUGGCAAGUCGCACAAGUCCUCGAAAACGGAGCGCGACUUGGUGGAGAAGAAGAAAAAUUCCAAAUCGUUUAAGCUGUAUUAUAAAUAUUCAAGAUCGGACCAGGAGGACGAUUGUUCGGACCGGGAAAGCGUUGUAAGCGACAGUGGGCGUUUGGUUUCUGAUCCGUCUGAAGAGAAGGUUGUGGUGGUGCCGUUAGUGACAAAAAAAUGGAACCGAGCAGUCACCCCUCGUAAUUCGCAUUUAAACAACAUAAUGGAGGAACCAUCAGAUCUAUCGAGUUAUUCGCCUCCCAAUAGGGACUUUUUCGUGCCAUUGAGCUGCACCAAGCAGUAUUACUGCCGCGUUCUAACCAGCAGUCACUCGGAUUAUUGCCUCAAAGUCGACAAGAAGAGCGCUCAAUCGGACCUCAGUGUGCAGAGCAGAGAGGCGGAUGAUGGACGGUUUAUGUAUUACGAAAAUGGAAAGUGCAGAUACCACAAAAUCGAGAAAUCCAAAAGCGACUUCAAGCUGUAUCCAGACACUCACCACAAGCAGCAGCUGCUCAGCUCAAAGUCCGAUGUUAUUCUCGAUGAAAACCGAGCCAGAGAAGUCCUAAAAACGCUUUUCCUGGAAGAGCGGAGCAGCCGCAAGCAAAAACCGCGCAACUAUUCCGCAUUCAAAUCCGUGCUAAAUGAAGAACUCUCCGCCAGAUGUUGCAAGGAAUGCCAAACCGAAACGAGCAAAAGCGCCGAAGAAACCAAGCAGAAAAGCCAAAAACGGUUUCAGGAAAUUUACCAAACCAUCGACUGUUUGGAGGAGAGCAUCUCCUCUAGGCCUGCUCCUCCUGCGACGGUCGACGUGGCGGCCAGCGCUUUGAGGUUCACCCAGCCGCAUGCUGCUAAAGAGCCGCGACUCAGCUCAAAGUCCACAAACAGAAAAAUGUCUCAGAAGAGCGUAGGGGUGGGAGUUGGUGAGUUAGGGGCCAAUGAGAAAAAGGUGCUAGAUGUAGCAGUAGGCGAUAGCAAGGGGAAAUUGAGGGCGAAGACCCCAGUCAGGAAGCAGCCAGUUAAGGAACCGAAACAGUACAAAUCUACCGGAGUUUCUCCCAUCCGAUUAACUGGAGAAGCCGUGGUUCAAGUGUCGCCACCACGCCCUCAAAGAAAACCCUGGACGCCCAGAGUGCGAAAGCCCAAACCGCCCUCGGAACAAUCAGCCACUCCUAAGGUUAGACAGCAAACACAGACAACAAAGAGCGGUGCAGAAGCCUGCGUGAAAGUCUUCAGAAGCCUGGAGAAGAACGGAAAACCAUCCAGUGCUUUAAGAGAUGAUUUCCACUCUCAAAGAGUCGAAUCCUGCUUCCAUAGAUACGAAGCUGAAUCCAGACGAAUCCCCUCAAGUGCGCCGCUGACAUCCAACGUUGGCCCGGCCAUAGUCAGCACUGCCGCCUACAGCUGCCAAAUGGAUACAAGCCAGGUCGAGAGUUCGACCUCCUCUUCAGUAAGCGACGCGUCAAAGCCGGUGCGCAAAAGUAAGUCUUUGGUGGAGGUGAAGAACCAGUCGCAGUCGGAAAUGUGCUGCCCGCAAGCAGUUGAAAAAGAGCAAAGUUUCCUGAGUGAGGACCUGGAGAAGUUCCGCAACAAACCGCGCUUGCGUUGCGCCUCAAAGUCGCACGGAUCCUCAUUGGAGCAGUACAUCGGGGACAAAUUCACCAGCAGGCUCCUCCUUACCAAGGACUACAAAAGGGGGCAGAUCAGCUCGUACCAGAAGCGAAAGCUGUACGAUUUGGAGCGGCGCCAAAAAAUGAAGCGCAACUACCGAUUUUCGAAGGAGAUGGUCCAGCCGCAGAUUUUUGAGGUGCGUUUUCUUUCCAUGAUGAAUCGGCAGAGCUCUGAAUCGACGGAACGAGCCCACGGGCGGUUAAAGGAGAAAGGCCAUGGUGAAGCUAAGGAUUCCCCAGACGAAGGAGAUAUUGAGAGUGCUGCUGCUGAGAGCUCUGAACAGGGACAAGUGGCAGACGGUGUAGAAUCAGCAGGUUGUUCUUCUGAUUCCACCUGCCAGCUGAAGCUGUUGUGCCAGCAGCUGCUGGCUAAUGAAACCUUGAUGAAAUCCUGCCCUUGCAGUGCGCCAGGAAACCAGCAAUGCCCUGCCUGUAAGAACGUCUGGACUGUUAUGGAUCAGCUGCAGGCGACUUUGGCUAAAUACAGAAGAGCUGAAGACCCGGCGGAAAAUCCUCAAUAUCCUAGUGAGGAAGCUAUUGAACAACCCGCUCCUGAAGUGGAGGAUAUUUUCUCAGCCCCAUUCAACCAGACAUCCAGUGACUCCAACAACGUGGAACUAGUCAGUGUGGAAACGGUCGAGGAGUUUCGCUUGCCAAUCUUAUCGCAGCCAAUCAGUUGUCCCAUUUUAACCACAAACUCGCCCUCCUUCGAGUUCCUCUAUGAAGAAAGAGAUCAAUUGGAGCCUGCCUCACAGUUCAGCAACUUGGUGCAGACUUUCAACUUGAACCUCAAAACGCCCCUCUUCCAAGCCAUCAAACACACUCAAAGUCCGGCUGGUUCCAUUGAAAGCGGCUAUGCGAGCGUUAAAUCCCGAAGCGGCCACAGCAGCUCGUUGACGCACUUUUUCAAAAAACCGAAUAUUGCUGCGCUCUUCCGAGCGCCUAGUCGCAGAGCUUUGCAGCUGGAGAAAGUUGCUUCAGAACCGGACGUGGAGGAUAACGUCUACGAGGAGAUGACCAAGAGUUGCCAACUGUAUGCGAGGAAAGUGAAGGCCAGUGGAGAGGUGCGGCUGGAGGACAACCUGGAGGAGUAUCAGGAGUUCUCGUUGCAGCUGCUGCUUGGAGGCAACGGCUCCAUUGUGUUGGAGAGCAGGGCUUUGAGUCUGCGUUCCGGGUCGAGCGAUAUGGGGAUUCGGGAGGAUGCUGAUGAGCUUGAGGAGGACGAAUGUGCGUUGGACUCACAGGACGAUGUUGCAGCCGAACAUUUCGGCCAGCUUUCAGACACGAUGAUUCCAAGCGUAGCUGAGCUAACUAACUCACCAAUCAGCUAUCAGAUAGUGCUCAGCAACCGAAUUCUAAACACGGAAAUCAGCACCUAUUUAGGCCCUGAAUUGAUGAAGUCAUCCAGAACAUCCAUCAGCAUCCAAGAAGAGUCCUCUUGCACCUGGAACCCAUCCAAUGAGGCCCCUCAGGAAUUCGUAGCUGAAUUAAUCAAAAUCUACGAAAAGGAGCUGACGAUUUGCGCAAAAAUUUACGAAGAUGUUGCCUUCGCCAGAUCCUUAUUGGACGUGGUUGAAGAGCCCAAAAACAGCGGCAAAAAGCUGGCAGGUUUUUGCAGGUUUUUCACCAGAAAACCUGCGGGGAAGGUGGAAAAGAGCCAGCUAAAGCAACAGAUUUACUCAGAAGGUCCAGCUAGGAAAAGGCUUGAGAUGUUGGCCUCCAGUGCUCGCAAGUGUUUCUCCAUGCUGGCUGAUGCUGUUAUUGCUAACACCAACAUCCAGAAUGAGCUGAAGAUUUGCGGGCUGUUGAAGCUGCUGGAGCGGCUGGAAAAUGGCCACUUUCACCUGAUCCAAAAUGAAACCCAGGUGGAUCUGGAGGAGGAAUUCCGCGGGCAGAUCAAACAGGCCUUCAGGAGGGUCCACGAAAUUUGUGCCAGGGAAGCGAAAAAAUGCAAAAGGAGGAUUUCAGAGCAGGAAAUGCAGCUGAUCAGGGCUUGGGUCAUAAAGUUUCGUCUGGGGUUGCUUGUGGAAACUGAGCUAGUUGCUACUUACAUUGGUCAAGGACUCAUCCAGACUGAAGAAGAGCUCGAAGCUUCAGUGAGGUUCCUGUUGCGGUCCCAAGAGGUGAACGUGGCGCGGUUUGCGGAGUGUUGUUGUAAAUUUAGGCGCUGAUUAAACUUCUAAAUAGCCCUGUACAAAUGA